AUGUUCAUUGGCGUUGUGCGGCGUUCUGCCGCGUGUUUUGCGCGUCUGCCGGUCGAGCGGUACCUGCUUCCGCUGCCGUCGCGCCGCGACUCCGUGCUCUCCAAGCUGCGGUUCGUUCCAGCCGGCCGCCGGGUGUUCAUGGACCCCGUGAGGAAAAUACACCCGUUUGCCGUGCUUGCGCUGUGUCGCGGCGACUGCCCGCGUCACCUCCGAGCCUUCGGCUUCGAGCCUGCGGACCAGACGGCGAAGCUGCUGCUCGGGAUAGUGCACAUCUGGAUCCUGCAUCGUCGUAUGCACAGCGCGGGCCUCGAGACGGAGAAGAUGCUCCUAUGGGACUACCUGUGGUCCCACAUGCGCACCAUACUGUGUGCACAAGGGAUCCACGAGCUACAGUUUCGGGCCAACCUGGAGGAGAUGCAGCACAAGACCCUGGGGUUCUGCCUGGCGCUGGACGAGUCCAUGGACGAAAUCGCGCAGAAGGGAGACGACACCACGCUACGGAAGAUGCUGAUCAUCUACUUCUACCAGCGGAACAGCGGCAUGAUGCAGUCGCAGCCCCUGGACUUGUUGACCAAGUACAUCCUGGCGCUGGUGGAUUUCGUUUCCGAGGUGCCCGAGGAGGAGUUUCGCUACGCGGCAUUCACAUGGUAG